AUGAGUCGCAGAAAACGCGCAAAGGUAGAAACCCGGGAACUUGAUGAAAAAUUAAAACAAGAUGAUUCUGAAUCUGAUCAGUCGGAAAAGAGUAAGAUUACAUCGUCAAGUCCUACUUCGGUCGGAGGUCGAAGGGAGUCGUCUUCAAGCCGUAACACCGAUGGUAAAGAUGCGAAGGAUAAAAAGGACGAAUCAAAAACUGAUGAUUCUAAGAAUGAUGAUAUUGAGGAAAUUAAUUAUAAAGAAAUGCUUAACAGCCUUGAAGGAGCAGCAUUUCAAUCACGGUUGCCAUUUGAUAAGAUGUCAUCUCUAGAAGCAGAGUGUUUCUCUGAUUUACAAGGACCUUCAAGCCAUGCAUUUGUUCAAAUAAGAAACAGGAUUCUAAAGCUUUGGUUUGAAGAUCCUAAGAAGCAGUUGACUCAGGAAUUGGCUGUGCAGAAAAUGGAACCUCCGUACAAUGGUGAUCCAGCUCUAGUAAUGAGAACUCAUGCAUUUUUGGAGAGACAUGGUUUUAUAAACUAUGGGGUGUCUGGUUUGGCCGCAGCUAGACAACUGCAGUCAUUUGGAUGUGAAGUGGUUAUACUUGAAGGGAGAGAUAGAGUUGGCGGCAGAAUUGUUACUUACCGGAAAGGACCUUAUGUAGCAGACUUAGGUGCUAUGGUGGUGACUGGUUUGGGUGGCAACCCUGUAACAACUCUGUCGGUCCAAAUGAAUAUGGAAUUGCAUAAGAUCAAGCAGAAGUGUCCUUUGUAUGAAGCUACAGGGAAUCAGGUUCCUAAGCAUAAGGAUGAAAUGGUGGAGCGUGAAUUCAACCGCCUUCUAGAUGCUACGUCCUAUCUCUCUCAUCAAGUUGAUUUCAAUUACUACAAUGAUACACCUGUCUCUCUCGGACAAGCAUUGGAAUGGGUCAUCAAACUUCAGCAGAAGAAUGUUAAACAUAAACAGGUCCAACAUCUAAAGGCUGUAAUAACAUUGCAAGAGAGACUCAAGUCGAAUAUAAACAAAAUGUCAGAUAUAAAAGAGCUCUUGCAUUCAAUGAAGGCCGAGAAAGAUGCUUUGAUCGUAGAAAGAGAAAAAGGUGCGACUGGAGACGCGAGCAUCUUGCAAGAAUUUAAUUAUAGACGCCUCAAUAGAGAAAUGACUUUGCUAUGCAAUGAGUAUGAGACCUUGGUUUCAACUAAUGCUUCUAUUGAGGAAAAGUUGGCACAGCUGGAAACAAAUCCGCCAAGGGUUGUGUCACUCCGUUCGGUCGAGUGCCCCGGCAGUCAGUGCAGCGUGA